AUGGCCGAGGGGUAUGCCCGUGCUAGUGGGAAGCCUGGCGUUGUGCUCGUUACCUCGGGACCCGGCGCCACUAAUGUGGUCACACCCAUGCAAGAUGCUUUGAUGGACGGAACCCCGCUGGUCGUCUUUUGCGGACAGGUCGUCACCAGCGCCAUUGGUUCGGAUGCUUUUCAGGAAGCCGACAUGGUCGGCAUCACACGACCCUGCACAAAGUGGAAUGUGCUCGUCAAGAACAUUGCCGAACUCCCACGAAGAAUCAACGAGGCUUUCGAGAUUGCGACAAGCGGCCGCCCCGGACCUGUGCUCGUUGAUCUGCCCAAAGACGUCACCGCCAGCAUCCUCUCAAGACCCAUUCCCAUGAGCAGCUCCCUGCCCACAGCCGUCAGCGCAGCCACGCUCGCGGCGAGAGAAUCGAGUAAACAGCAGCUCGACCUUUCGAUCAGGAGGGCCGCUAACCUGAUCAACAUGGCGAAGAAGCCCGUCAUCUACGCUGGGCAAGGCAUUCUUCAGACCGAGAACGGGCCUGAACUCCUCAAGGAGCUCUCGGAAAAGGCCAACAUUCCCGUGACGACGACCCUGCAAGGAUUGGGAGCUUUCGAUGAGCUUGACUCCAAGUCUCUGCACAUGCUGGGCAUGCACGGCUCUGCGUAUGCCAACAUGUCCAUGCAGGAGGCAGAUCUCAUUCUUGCCCUCGGCGCUCGUUUCGAUGAUCGUAUCACCGGAUCCAUUGCCAAGUUUGCGCCUGCUGCGAAGGCGGCUGCAGCUGAAGGCCGUGGAGGAAUUGUUCACUUUGAGAUUAUGCCCAAGAACAUCAACAAGGUUGUGCAAGCAACUGAGGCAGUCGAGGGCGAUGUGGGCAGCAAUCUCGCGCGCCUGAUGCCCCUCGUGAACAUUGUCAAGGAGAGACCAGAGUGGUUUGCCCAGAUUGACGACUGGAAGAAGCGAUUUCCAUGGGCCUACGAGAAGGAGGGCGAGAACGGCUUCAUCAAGCCCCAGACUGUCAUGGAGAAGCUUUCAGAUAUGACCGCAGACCACAAAGAGAAGACCAUCCUCACAACGGGUGUUGGACAACAUCAAAUGUGGUGCGCACAGCACUACCGAUGGAGGUACCCACGCACCAUGAUCACCUCGGGUGGUCUCGGUACGAUGGGUUACGGGCUGCCCGCUGCCAUUGGUGCCAAGGUCGCUCGUCCCGAGUGCACCGUCAUCGAUAUCGACGGUGACUCCUCCUUCAGCAUGACCCUUACCGAGCUCUCGACCGCUGCCGAGUUCAACAUUGGCGUCAAGGUCAUCAUCCUGAACAACGAAGAACAGGGCAUGGUCACCCAAUGGCAAACCCUCUUCUACACCGACCGCUUCUCGCACACACAUCAGCGCAACGCCGAUUUCGUCAAGCUCGGUGACGCCAUGGGCGUCCAAGCAAAACGCUGCAUCAAGCCCGAGGAGCUGGAGGCAUCUCUGCAGUGGCUCUUGGACUCGGAGGGCCCAGCCCUACUGGAGAUUGUGACGGAUCAAAAGGUCCCUGUGCUGCCCAUGGUGCCAGCUGGAAGUGGUCUGCACGAAUUCAUGGUUUACGAUGAGAAGACACAAAAAGAGCGCAGAGCCAACACGAAAAAGCGAUCUGGUCGUUGA